AUGGACUCGUUCCAAAAGUACUUCGACGAGAACACCCUCCAAGUGCUCGCCUUGGCCCCCUUGGUGCUCGUCGCUCUUGUCUACGCGAUCCCCUUUCUGACCGUCCACGCGAGUCUAGCCAAGUACCCCGGCCCGGUCCUCGCCAAGUUCUCGAGGUUAUGGCUGGCGAUCAAGUCGAGGUGCGGCGUGAGGAGUUUGUCGGUGCAUGAGUUGCAUGUGAAGUAUGGCAAGUUUGUCAGGAUCGGCCCGAAUGAGUGAGUUGCUCCCUUGACUUUUUUUUCUUCCUUACCGGAAAGCGUUCGUUUCGUACACGAUCUGCGAGUACGCGACACCUCCUUCGACCUGCCUCUACGUCGAGAUGGCCGAGAUGGCCCCCAAGUACCGUGAUCGUCCUGUCGAGACGCUGGGCUUCGGCUGCGCCCUCCUCGCGAUCCGAUUUCCCCCUUUUCGAAAGCGGGGACGGCCGCGGGCCGCGACGGCACUCCAUCGUCAUCGGCCCUCACCCACCCCUCCCCGCUGACACUUUGAUUGGUAACGCUGACGCCGUCGGUGCUCCUCACCCCUGCACUUGCUUACAGAAUCUCGAUCGCCGACCCCGCGGCACUCCCCAUCGUCUACGGCCAUGGCACUGGAUCCCUCAAGACUGACUUUUACUCCGUGAGUGUUUGUGAUCCGCGCCGUCUCCUCCAUAAACCGUUUCGACGAAGCGGGCCCGCCCUGAGACCAAAGGAGCCCGCCGCCCCGACGGCAUGCCGUGCGUGCGCACGAGUACCGAUUUGACGGACCGGGAUUAUUCAAUCCGACUCGUCGUGUCACGUGUCUGGAGCAGCAGCGUACGUUCGAUCGAGAUCGGCUUGGCUGACACGCUUGCUCACUCGUACAGGCUUUCGUCGCCAUCCGAACCGGUCUCUUCAACACCCGUGAUCGACAGGAGCACACUCGCAAGCGCAAGGUGAGACCCUUUGAUGAUCGAGCUCAUUUUCACAGAAUGCUCUUCCACUUUUCACCCAGCUGACUUUUCGGCAACCUCGCAUCUCUUACAGAUCGUCGCCCACACCUUCAGUCAAAAAAGCGUCCAAGAGUUCGAGCCUUACAUCGCCGAGACCGUUCGUGUCUUCCUCAAGAAGUGGGACGAGCUGUGCGACAAGGCCAAGAAUGGAGCGAGUGGAGGCGCCCUCAAGGGCUACGCCGUGUAUGUUGGUUUGAUUACUGCGAGUCAGAGAUAUGCCUGACUAAUCGCGACGGAACAACCCGCCAGAAUCGAGACCCUUGACUGGUACAACGCUCUUGCCUUUGAGUGAGUUGUUUUCGGGAAGAGUUCGGCAAUACCAGUGCUGACCAAAACCGAAGAACACUGUCUACCCCAGCAUCAUCGGCGACCUCGCUUUCGGCUCAACCUUUGGCAUGCUCGAACGAGAUGCCGCCGACAUCGUCGCCAUCACCCGCGAGGACGGCAGCGUCUUCCAUGCCCCCGCCGUCAAGAUCCUCAACGAGCGCGGUGAAUUCUCGGCGACGCAAGGUGCUCUCCCUCCCUUCAUCCGUCCCUACACCAAGUACUUUGACCCUUGGUUCGCACGAGGUCUCGCAUCCGUUAACAACCUCAGCGGUGUAAGUAACUGUUUACUUGAGGCAAGAUUUGUAUCGACAUCAAGCUCAAAAGAUUUUACCUACAGAUCGCUCGCCACCGCGUCGGAAAGCGCCUCGAGGAAGGCAGUGGUGAUCGCAAGGACAUUCUCGCGCACUUGUUGGCUGCUCGAGAUGGUGAAGGCAAGAAGAUGCCCCGUGAUGAACUGACAGCAGAAGGUGAGCGCACAGUUAUUGUCCCGCCUACAUGUUUAACGGUCCGCAUGCUCAAGCUUUCAUUCCACUCGCAGCUCUGACUCAACUCAUUGCCGGCUCGGACACGACCUCGAACUCAUCCUGCGCUAUCAUGUACUACAUCGUCAAGAACCCCCGCGUCCACAAGAAGCUGCAAGCCGAACUUGAUAAGGCGUUCGGUGCGCGCGGCAUAGAUGGUGUUUUGGACUAUGCCGAUGUCAAGGCGCUUCCGUACUUGCAGGCUUGCAUCAACGAGGCGCUUCGAAGGCAUUCAACGUCUGGAAUGGGUCUUCGUGAGUUUGCGUUCUUCGUGAUUGACCUCGUUGGAUUGCAAGAUGCUAACCUGCCAGGUCCCUCUCGUUAGCUCGUCUCAUGACGCAAGAGACCGAAGUGUGCGGCGAAGUUUUCAAAGCUGGCACAGUCCUCUCGGUCCCCUCGUACACGAUCCACCACCUCAACGAAGUCUGGGGCGACCCAUGGGAGUAUCGCCCCGAGCGAUGGCUCGAGGAAGGCGGCAAGGACCUCGAGACCAAGUUCCUCAACAUCUUCUCCUUUGGUCCAAGGUCGUGCGUUGGCAGGAACGUGGCAAUGAUGGAGUUGUUGAUUUUCGUUGCGACGUUCGCCUACCGAUAUGAUUUCAAGCUCGCUGAGGGGGAGAACCAGCAGCUGGAAGUUGCCGAGGGCUUCUUGAGGAAGGUGAGUUAGGACAGCACAUUAGAACCCUAAUAUCCACGAGCAUAAAGCUUACUCGUGCGAUUCUUUUCCUUCAGCCUUUGGGAUGCAAGAUGGGUAUCAAGCGUCGAACAGUCGAGGAGAUUUGA